AGCAACCAGACGCAGGCAAGGAACGCCAUGCUAGGACUGGUUGCUCCACUCCUUCCUUAGGUCUUUCUUCAGGUGCAGCCUCGUCUCCCAAAAUACUGCACUCACCUAUUGGGAACAGUAAGAACCAGGACAAUCUCUGCCUUUACUUGGCACCUUUGAAAUGUAUUCCUGCCACGCAGCAUACCUUAUAAAUUGCAUCCCCACUGAGGCUACUUCCAGCUUGCUCUAAAAACAGAUGCUGCUGCAACUCUGCCACUGGCCCAUUGUGCUUACUUCUUCCUGAAGCUCCAUCAUUUUUCUUACUAUUUUGCUCUCCUCCUUGAUGCCCCUCGUCUGUGACAUUUCUAGGAAUAACAAAUAAGAGUGCCAAUGUUCUGCCUCCUUCUGGCCAUGCCACAACUAUGAUGUUGGGACAUCGACUCUCAAACAGAGAAAAUGAAUACAAGAUUUCAGAAUGGGAGUGCUAUGUCUGGGGAGUCCAGACGCAGCAACAGGCACCGGCGACUGUUCUGGAACCUCCGCCAGCGCUGGAAGCUUCUCGGGCUCUUUGAGAUUGAUAAGGAACAUGAGUUCUACCCUCUGACCUGUGACCUGAAACAGGGACUAAAGCAAGCCAUCCAGGAAAGCAUCUAUAGUGAUACCACGAUUGCACUUGCAGAUGAGGAUUACAGUGCAAAGAUCACGCAGGGUCAUGAGGGCUUUCUGAUGAGGAGCUACGCAGGCCCGGUGUUCUCUUAUUUUCGCCAGUCUCUUGGGGUGUCUGAGGAAAGUUUCACGAGAUCUCUCUCUUGCAAUGAUUUCUACCUACAGUUCAUUAGCAACUCCAAAAGCAAAGCUGAUUUCUUCUUAACGAAUGACAAGCGCUUCUUUCUAAAGACUCAGACAAAGAGGGAGGCCCACUUCAUGUUGCAGAUCCUACGCCGAUACAUAGAGCACUUUCAGUUAUACCCUCACUCUCUGCUCGUCAAAAUCUUGGGUGUUUACAGCAUCACUUAUGCUCAGAACAAAAAGAAGUACUUUAUCAUCAUGCAGAGCGUUUUCUUCCCAGAUGAGAGGAUCACAAGCCGGUACGAUAUCAAGGGCUGCAAAGUGAGUCGCUGGACUGAACCGGAACCAGAGGGAAGCCGGGUGUUGCAGGUCUUUAAGGACUGUAACUUUGAAGGAAAUGUUAUCUGCCUUGAUCAGCAACGGGCCUGGUUGUUACGACAGAUGGAGCUGGACGCACGUUUUUUGCAACAGCUCAAUGUGAUAGAUUACAGCCUACUUGUUGGCUCUCAGCCAUUACACGCUGAUGAAAAGAACCAGAGCUGGUCCCUCGCCAACCUCAUAGUCAGAACAAAAAGGUCUGUGAAUGGAGCAGCCAGCCCUACUGCUUCCAACACAGCAUCAGUUCCUGGCACAGUAGAUGGGGAAGAGGACUCCAGUGAAAGGGAUGAAGGUGGUGCAGGACUAAUGGGCUCCCAAGAAAUGAAACCUGCAGAACAAAUCCCCAUGAAAAAACUCAAGGCACAGCUCAGCAUGGUCUCUGAUACCUCUGAUAUUAUUACACAAAACAGGCGCCUGCUGCCCAACUACAAGAAUGCGCUGCAUGUCGUGGAUGGGCCAGAGCAGAGGUAUUUCAUUGGUAUCAUCGACAUUUUCACAGUGUAUGGCCUAAGGAAAAGGCUGGAGCAUUUGUGGAAAAGUGUAAGAUAUCGUGGUCAGGAAUUCUCCACCGUCAGCCCCUUGUACUACUCCCAUAGGCUCUGCCACUGGGUGGAAAGUCAUACUGUAUGAGCCUCUUUAAUAAAAUCAAGCAAUCAA